GAUUCACAGGUGUUAGUUCCCAAACUGGGGAAUUUGAGGGGGGGGGGGCGCAGAUCUGGAACCACCCGGAACCCAGAGGGCAGGGAGAGACCCAAGAAGGGGGCAGAUCCGCCCCCAGAUGGGUGGCUGGUUCAAUGAGCGAGGGAACUUACCUACGAGAGGCUUGUCUCGAGAGCCUUAAUGGGUUCCGCAAAGGCUCCAUUUCUGACGGUCUCAUCAACACAGCGCUCUCUCAAGGCUGUGUGCUUGAAAAUAGCUCCGGCUGUGGAGGUGGUGGGCGGAACCAACAUGCUAAGGACGGGGCAGGGGGUGAGGGACCUCCCAGCUCCCGGGUCGACCUGCUAUCGCGUCCUCUGGAUGACCUCCUCCAACCACAGGUCGCAGCCCCAGCCCCCCCUCCGUGACUGUACUUGAAUGUGGGGCCUCUAAGGAAGUGCUUACGGAUAAAUGAGGCCAUGAGGGUGGGGCUCGUAUCCUUUCGGAUUAGGUUCCUUGUAAGAAGAGACCCCAGAACCAAGCCCCCUGUCCGCCCUGUGAGGACACAGCCGGAAGAUGGCCAGGAGGGCUCUUUCCAGAAACCCACCCUGCCAGCCCUGGAUCGGUGUCUUCCAGCCUCCAAAACUCUCAGGAGAUUCAUGGUUGAUGGAGGUACUGAUUUCUUUUGGAAUCUGGAGGAUGGCCAGUGGAUGACCAUUGCUGGAAGGUCAGACACUCCACUGGAGGACCAAUCAACAAACCAGGAAUUGAGAGUGGAUAGAAGAGAACAGCUCUCCCAAUGCAAAAGAAAUUCAUGCCCAAAUACGGCACGACCCAGGAAAUGCUUUAGUAAUAUAACAGGCUACUGCCGGAAGAAAUGCGAGAUGGGGGAAAUCUAUGAAGUGGCAUGUCGAAAUGGGAAAUUAUGUUGUGUUAAUGAAGGCGAAAACAAAAAACACAAGAAAGCCCCAAAGUCGCCUUCCUUUUUGGUACAGUCUGAUGGGAAGAUGGACUAUGUUAUUUUACCCACUACCACACUUCUUACAAUCCAGAUAUGAAUCAGGGGCUGGCUCCACUGGUCUCCACUCUUCUUAAACCAAAAAUGCCACCUCUUCCGACAUCCUGGGGCAAGAGAUGUAUCUACUUCUUCUGUGACCUUGAUUCUCCACAUAAUAAAGGGUUUUUUUUUUUUUUUUU